CGUCACAGUGUGACACGGAAGUGGAAGUCAGGGUGGGCGGUUCGUACACGGGAUUGCUGUGUUGUGUGUUUCACAUUGAUGUUUCUGCUGGGUGAUCUUGUACUCAGCAGUGGCGCAUCAGUGGUUAGUUGCCGAUUUUAUUCAGGGCAAACAAAAAUGUCAUUAAUGACAGGAUUUGCGUUUUUGUUCGCCGAAGAAUUAGAUGCAAGCGAUAAUAUACCUUUUGUUACUGAUGCACUUCGACAUCUUCAAGGAAACAGGGAUGAAACAAAAGUGAAGAACUACAUAAAUGCAGUGAUACCUCAUUACAGUAUCAGUGAGUUCCAGACCCAUUUUCAGCUAACUCCAACCCAGGUGGAGGGGCUGAUUGCCGAGCUGGAGCCCUUCUACUCGAACCUCAUGGGCAGGAAGUGGCCUCUCAGGAACGUGGUGCUGGCCAGCCUCUGGACGCUGGCGACCCUCGAGUCGUACCGAGAUGUGGCCGACAGGUUCGAGACCAGCAAAUCGGUCAUCUGCGGCCACUUGCACGAGUUCUGCGCCUUGGUGGCGGAGCACCUCUCCGGUACGCUCCGCUGGCCCGCCGGGGAGGCUGCCGAGGCCUCGGUGAGGGGCUUCGCGGCGGCCGGUUUUCCCGGCACGCUGUGCGCGGUGGGCGCCUGCCACAUCCCUGUGGAGAAACCCCAGGGAGUACCAGAUCCCGAGGAGUACUUCAACAGCAAACACUUCUACUCCAUCAACCUGACCGCCUGCUGUGACCAUGCUGGACGGUUUGUUCACGUGAGUUCUGAGCACCCGGGGAGCUGGCACAACUCCCGUGUACUUCGGGUGACGGACAUAGGCAAGGCUCUGGAGGGAGACCCGCAGUCCCUGCUCUCCGGGUUUCAUAUAGUGGGCGACGCAUCCUAUCCGCUCUCUGAGCACCUUCUCACCCCUUUCCCCGACAGCGGACCCCUCCUCCCCAGAAUGGGGCGCUAUAAUUGGAAGCUGCACACCGUCCUGAAGAUAUUAGACGGCUCUUUCUUUGCUCUGAAGUGCAGGUUCCGGAGGUUGAAAUCCCUACAGAUGCAUUCGGUCGCCAAGACCAGUGCUGCCGUCAAGACCUGCUGCAUUCUUUACAAUCUGUGUUUGGAAACGAGCGGCUCUCUGCAGAUUGAAGAUAUAGACUGUGAAAUUGUGCCUCAGGAGCCUUUUCACUUGCUUCCUGAUGGACACUGUGGUAAUCCAGCUGGCACUGCCAAGAGGAAAGCCAUUGCCGCAUCCCUAGCAAACCUGGGCUCUUGACAGAUCUUGGACUCAAUGUAUAUUUCCUUACAGACUCACACGGUUUUCUGUCAUGAACUAUUAGACUUGCACAUACUGGCUCUUGUGGACUUCAUACAGCAUCAUCCGUGUUUCACGUUUGUGGUGUUUAUUCUACAGCAAUAAACUCCUUUUAAAGAGUA